ACAGCAACUUGUCACCAAAGAUGGCGAUUUGCUGAGUGCUCAUGGAUGUACACAUUUCUCGGCUAGUUGCGAUCUCACCACGAACAACGAGCUCCCAGACGAACUAGCCGCCCGGCGAGUGCCCGUGUCUCCCCCCCCGCAGGCCGCCAUGCAGAUCACCCUGAAGACCCUGCAGCAGCAGACGAUCCAGAUCGAGAUAGACCCCGAGCAAACGGUGAAGGCGUUGAAAGAGAAGAUAGAAGCAGAAAGAGGUAAAGACAACUUCCCCGUGUCCGGCCAGAAGCUGAUCUACGCCGGGAAGAUCCUGCAGGACGACACGCCCAUCAAGGACUACAAGAUCGAUGAGAAGAACUUUGUGGUGGUGAUGGUGUCCAAGGCCAAGCCUGCAGCUGCCGCCUCGCCCCCGGCCUCAGAAGCUCCCAAGCCCCCCGUACAGGACUCUGGCUCCACGUCAACAGCUGUGCCGGCCACAACCCCGGCCCCGGCCCCGACCCCAGCAGCUGCCCCCGUCCCCCCCGAGGAGGCCAAAGAGGAGCCGAGUGCCGCGGAUACAGAACCACAACAACCAGCCAGCUCCAGCGGUGGGAGCCAGGGCCUGGAUGCCUCCUCAGCACUGGUGACUGGGGCCGAGUACGAGGCGAUGCUGACGGAGAUCAUGUCUAUGGGCUAUGAAAGGGAGCGAGUGGUGGCUGCACUACGGGCCAGUUUCAACAACCCCCACAGAGCUGUAGAAUACCUCCUCACUGGUAUCCCCAGCAGCCCAGUCCAGGAGAGUAAUCCACCAGUGCCGGCCCCUGCACCUGGACCCACGGAAGCCCCGUCUCUAGCGGAGGGAGAAAAUCCACUUGCAUUCCUGCGGACCCAGCCCCAGUUUCAGCACAUGAGACAGGCCAUCCAGCAGAACCCUGCUCUGCUGCCUGCUCUCCUGCAGCAACUAGGAAGAGAGAACCCUCAACUUCUACAGCAAAUCAGUCAAUAUCAGGAGCUAUUCAUCCAGAUGUUGAACGAGCCAGUGGGGGAGGGAGGAGACGCACCAGAGGUUGGAGAGAUGGGGGCGGCGGGGGAGGAGGGCGCGCCUGUCAACUAUAUCCAGGUUACACCUCAGGAGAAGGAAGCCAUCGAAAGGUUAAAAGCGUUGGGUUUCCCUGAGCCUCUGGUGAUCCAGGCCUACUUCGCCUGCGAGAAGAACGAGAACCUGGCGGCCAACUUUCUCCUCAACCAGGGAAUGGAGGAUGACUGAACACAGAUCACUGCCUUCCUGCUCCUCCCUCCGAACCUCCUUCCCCUCUUCGGCUCAUUAUAAAGACUGCACCCCCCCACCCCCAAUUUUACUGUACAGCUACCAACCUCAGCUCGGCCCAGGAGGAGAGGGGGAGAGCCAGCAGGGGUGUGGGGGUGGGAGAGCGGCGGCAGCGGGAUGGGAAGGGGAAACGGGGUGGGUUAGGUUAUUGGGGGGGGGGGUUACAUGCUUAAAGUACACAAAGCGGAGGCCGUGUGCAGGAAGGUCAGACGUGGAUUAUCAGAGGUCGGGGGGCGAAAAUGUGUGGAGGAAUUAUAAAAUCCACGUGAAUUCCAAUGGAAUGUGUGGGGUUUGUCUAGGGGAGAUCUAUAAUUUGAUUUUAGACGCGCUUUGUGAACAUUAGGGGAGGGGUCUGAAGGGUUUGCAACGAGAGUGCGUGCUUGUGUCUGCGUGUGUGAGUACGUCUGUGUUCCUGUGCAGAUGGAUGUGAUACAGUUACGCCGAAAAAAAAAGUAAUCGACAUUUCUUUUUUUUUGUUUUUUGCAUUCUCUAAGUUUUGUUAAUGCUGUAGCCGGAUUGUAUGGAAGCACAUUCUACCUACUGCACUUCUACGACAACAUUAUCAGUGUGUGUAACCUGCUUGUGUGUGUGUGUGUGUGUGUGUGUGUGUACCUCUGUAAGCCUCAUGUACGUAACGUCCGAGGAUGCACUGGAGCGCGCUGCCCUCGCCGUGAUGUCGCUGUGGGUCUGUUCGGGGCGAGAAAAGGAAACUAAACUGACAAACGGCGUAUCUGGUUCCUCCGCUCACUUUGUGUCCCCGCGUCUGUUCUCAGCCAAUCAGAAGCCCUGCAAAUGCUGUGCCUGCCUAUUUCGGUUACUCAAAUGUGUGGAACUAUUUUGUCUAUGCUGAUCGCUUCUGGUGCUAAUUAACACUACCCCCAACCCCCCCCACUUUCUGCUAUUCUGAUUUAAUAACACAGUAGAAGGACGUUUAGGUUUAAUUCCUGUCAGUUGUAACUACUCGUAGAUGCAACUAAAAAUGAUUAGAAAUUUAACGGUGGCGGGAAUGUUCCGAGUUUCCUGAUUUAAACAGAAAAUAUUUUUUCCCCAGUUUUACCAAAACGUUUGACUCCCGACAGCUCGCUCUCUUUAACUGUUAGUUUUGGUUUGGACACGUUUCUUUGCAUCAAUCGACUACAAAACCACAUUUAUCUUCUUGGAUGCAUUCUUUGCGUCUGUGGGUCGUGCCGACGAGGAGUAAAUCAUCUGCAUGUGCAUUGAUCGGUGUCACGAUUGAUUCUCUCUUUUCUGGUUAAGUAUUAACACAUCCUAAGAGAUUUCCUCCCCUCGUACUUUGUGCCACCGGGUCCGGAGAAGUAUUUGCUUUGUAACGCAUCUUUCAGACAUGAAGAAAAAUCAACUUAAGGGAAACAACGGAACCAAAUCGAUCUGUAUUUUUUCUGUCAGAUAAAACUGUACCUUCAUCUUUCUAACCUGAGGCAAGUUGUAUUUUAAACCUUUUGAUUUGAGUCUAAGUUCUGAUAAAGCUUAGAUUGAAUUCUGAAUAAAAGAAAAUGACAGUAAAUUAACUUCUCUGUGACUGUCCAAAUUUUCACUUUCAACUUAAAAUGAUCUUUUGUUAUAAGCGGUGGAGCCAGAGAUGGAUAAUUAGCUGCAUGGAUGGAUUCGUGAGAACAGAGCCGGCAGCACCUCUACCAGAAAUACCUAAAAUUAAAAUGUGGAAUCAAACAAAUGAGCACAGAUGUUGGAAAAAGUCCAAAAUGGUGCAAAGAAAUACAAACAACCCUAAACAGAGACAGAAGUUAAAGAAGAGCUGAUUACUGGAUUCACAUUUUUACUCCUGGUCCGAAUGUUCCACCCCCUAAACUCAAAACCUCUGAACCAGCCUCCCGUGUUAUGUAUCUAACGCACGGGACGACUUCUCACACGUGGGUGAAGGCUCCUUUAUGCACAUUGAGGUUCAUCUACGCACAACACAAGACGACUGUUCUGUCUAAUUGUCACAAUGUGUCCUCGACAAAUCUCUGUAUGAUGAAGCGUGUGUCGGUCACUGCUGCCUGGAUGUGUGAGAGUGGGGGGGGGGGCAGUGUGGUUACCUGAACUGUGGGUCCGUGAGGAGAUGGAAACAAAGUGCAGUGUGAUUGUGUUUGAGUGACGGCAGCUCUACUGUCCGACAGCAUCAACAUGAUCUUAGACUGUGCUACAUUAAAUAUCAGCAGUC